AUUACCAAAUCAAAUCGAAAAUAUUUUGAUUUCCUCUCUACUCGUUGCCUUCCAUAUAUCCUAUUGUUUAAUAAUACCACGUAACGUCAUUUGUUUUGUCGACCUUCGUGGUAAAUCUAACUUGACCAAGAAACUGGGGAGAGAGGUAGAAAAUCAUGGUCAAAUAAGAUUUCAGUAGAUGGAGUUUGGUCCUGCUAUUAAUUUCGAGCAAGUCCAACAACUUGGCCGGAUAAAGGUCAGUUAUGGGAACGGAAAGGAUAUAUAAUUUGAAACCUGGAAACGAGAGGAAAAUACUUUGAAAAAAAGAGGGUUAGAUAUUAGGAGAUUGAUUUUCAUGUAUUUAUUUACUUUUCCAUCUUCUUUCCCGAGUAGAAUGGGGGUUUAUGUGUAGGCUAAACCACGUGAAAAGGAGAUCAANAAAAAAAAAAAAAAGAAGAAGAAGAAAACAAGAGUAGAAAAGUAGUCAUGGACUUGAAUGUUGCAGCGGAAGAAGAUGAGGGUUUGUGCGCUAUGGACGAGAAAAGGGCUGAAGAAAACGUGGAGAGUGGAUUUGAAGUUCCGGAUUAUGGAGCUGAGCAAGAGAAAGUUAAGGACGAUAAAGUAGACGCUAAACACGAGGACAUAGAGAUUGUGAAAGAGGAAGGAAAUGGGAAUUCGGGCGGAAAAGUUAAAGGGAGGGAAGUGAGUGCCUCAGUAAAGAGGGAGUCGAGGAGGAAAUCCUGCCAGCUGGCGAAAGAGAAGAUCGGGAAACUGAGCCAGGGUAUGUAUGUGUGGGAAGAUGAGACGACCAAGGGCAUAUAUGUCACGGAAGAUGACGAGAGGCCGAGAAGGAGUCGAAAGAGAAAGAAGGAAAGUCAGGAUAUUGGUGUUGAUGGUUUGGAUGUAGUGAAAAGUGGGGAAGUGGAAGCCCCACAAAGAAGGGAGGGUGUUGAAGGGCAGGUUGUGGAAAAUGAAGCUAUUGGCAGUGGUGGUGAGGUGGUAAGGAUAAAUGGAAACCCAAAGAAAAAGAGGGGGAGGCCGCGGAAAAAUGUGUCUAGUAAGGGAUUCGAAGGGAAGGGAGUGGACAGUAAAGGAACUUCAUGUGAGGUUGAGGAAGUUAAAAUCGAAAAAGUGGAAGGCCCAAAAAGUGAGGAUAUUGGUGGUGAGGUGAAAACUGGGGUAGUUGAAGGCUCCAAGAAAAAGAGGGGGAGACCAAAGAAAUAUGUGGCAGGGAAGGGAGUGGAAGUUAUAGUGAAUAGUGGAAAAGUGGAAGGGCCGAGAAAACAGAGGGGGAGACUGCCAAAACGUGUAGUCGAGGAGCAAUUGAAAAUUGAAGCUGAUGCUGGUGAGGGUGUGGGGGAAGUAAAAAAUGGGUCGAGUGAGGGGAAGGAGAAGGAAGUUGAAGGGAAUGUGGUGGAAAAUGAAAUUAUUGGCUGUCAGGGUGUAAACAGUGGGAGAGUUGAAAGCCAGAAGAAAGAGGGGGAAGGAUCUCUCAAAGAAGGGAAGGGAGUCGAAAAUGCUGAUGUUGGCAUUGAUGGUGUGGAGGAAGGCGGAAAAAGAAAGAGGGGCCGAAAACCGUUUAAAAAAGGAGCCGGAGAGAAGGUUGAAGGCCAGGGAGGGGAAAAUGCAGGUAUAGGGGUUGAGGUUGGGGAGGUAGUGAAAAAUAGGGGAGUGGUGGGACCGAAAAGGAAGAGAGGAAGACCCCGGAAGGAUGGCGCACAUAAAGAAUUUGAAGGGAAGGGAGUGGAAAAUAAAGGUGUUGUCCAUGAGGAUGUGGAAGAAAUUAAAAAUAGAAUACUGAAAGGUCAGAAAAGAAGAGGUGGGAAGAGAAAAGCAUUGAAAGAUGGGCAGGAGGAGAGAGUUGGAGGAGGGGCAAACCAAGAAGAAACCGGAAAUAGUGAAGGAAAAUGUUGCCCUGGAACAAAUGUCGAUGGACUGGAUAGUGUAGCGGAGACCAUGUCUAGGGGAAAGCAGAAAGGAAACGGGAUUGAGCGGAACACCUGCCACCAGUGCAAAAGGAAUGAUAAAGGAAGGGUUGUGCGUUGCACCAAGUGUAAGAGAAAACGAUAUUGUGUGCCUUGCAUGAAUAGAUGGUAUCCUCAGCUUCCAGAGGAGGCUUUUGCUGAAGCUUGCCCCGUUUGUUGUGAGAACUGCAAUUGCAAGAGUUGCUUGCGGCUGGAAGUGCCGAUUUCGUUGAAGAGUGUGGAAUUGGAAUACAAUGAUGAAGAACAGAUGCAAUACUCUAAAUAUAUGCUGCGUUUGCUUCUGCCCUUCUUAAAACAAUUUCAUGCAGAACAACUAGUUGAGAUGGAAAUGGAGGCUAAGAUACGAGGACUCUCAAUUUUAGAAGUAAAGCCACGAAAAUCAGACUGCGAGCUGAACGAACGAAUAUUCUGUGAUAAUUGUAAAACAUCCAUUGCUGAUUUAUACCGAAGCUGCUCUAAGUGUUCGUACGACUUUUACUUGCACGGUGAUCUGGAUGAGGGUUCUCUUCCAAUCAAGAAUGAACCUCAUCCUGAGAUUGAUGAGGGUUCUCUUCCAAUUAAGAAUGAACCUCAUCCUGAGAUUGAUGAGGGUUCUCUUCCAAUCAAGAAUGAACCUCAUCCUGAGAUUGUUGAGACUGUUGCUAAUAAUCUUGCUGUAAUAGAGUCCGAAUGGAAACCUACAGAAACAGGUACUAUCCCAUGCCCACCGCCAUUUGUGGGGGGCUGUGGUGAAGGGAUUUUAGAACUGAACAGUGUUUUUGGGGAUAAUAUUGUCUCUAACUUAUUGGUGAAAGCGGAAGAGUUGGUGAGGUUAGAUAUAGAGAAACUGCCUAAAAUUUCUGAAAAGUGUUCGUUGUGUUUAAAUUUAUCUAGCGAGAACACAAAUGGUGGUCAUGAACUGCGUAGAGCGGCCUUCCGGGAGGACUCGGAGGACAAUUUCUUAUACUGUCCCAAGGCUAAAAGCCUUGAAAGUGAUGAUUUGAGGCAUUUUCAACGGCAUUGGUUGAGAGGUGAGCCUGUGGUUGUUAGUAAUGUGCUCGAGACUACAUUUGGUUUGAGCUGGGAGCCUAUGGUUAUGUGGCGGGCUUUUCGUCAGGUCAGGAACCAUAAGACCGAGCUUCUUCUCAAAGUGACCGCAUUAAAUUGCUUGGACUGGUGUGAGGUCGAGAUAAAUAUUCACAAGUUUUUCAGUGGGUACUCGAAGGUUCAAUCUGACAGUUAUGGAUGGCCUCAGAUUCUCAAGUUGAAAGAUUGGCCUCCUUCUAACUUGUUCGAGGAGAGGCUGCCACGUCAUGGUGCAGAAUUCAUCAGCUGCUUGCCUUUCAAAGACUACACACAUCCACGUCAUGGGUACCUUAAUCUAGCUGUCAAAUUGCCAAACGAGUCUCUGAAGCCGGAUAUGGGGCCCAAGACAUAUAUUGCCUAUGGACUUUCUCCCGAACUUGGACGAGGGGACUCCGUGACAAAAUUACACUGUGAUAUGUCUGAUGCAGUGAAUGUUUUAACACAUGUAGAGGAACCUGUUCUCAAACCUGAACAGCUUUCGACUAUAAAAGAACUGCAGAAGAAGCAUGCUGCACAGGAUGAAAUAGAAUUGUACAGAAAUGAGUCUUUGGACGCCUCCAAGUUGGCAUGUGAAAACGAUAAGCCAACAACUUCUGACUAUACUAAUGGAAAUUCACCAAGUAAAAUGCCAGUCGAAAAAGAAAUAGUAGAACCUUGGGUGUCGGAAUACAGGGGUGUUGAGAUGGGCCAUCUUUGCACAGGAAAAAAUAAUGAUGAUGUAAUCUUGAGAAAUAACAAUCUGGAAAUACCUUUUGUCGAUCAACAGAAAUUUUCGGAAACUUCAGGAACUGGUAAAGAAGACCGAGAGGAUGGUUCCAACCAGGUACAUCUUUGCACAGGGAAAAAUAAUGAUGAUAUGAUCGAGAAAAAUAACAAUCUGGAAAUACCUAUUCUCGAUCCACAGAAUUUUUCGGAAACUUCCAGAAUUGGUAAAGAAGACCGGGAGGAAGGUUCCAACCAGGUACAUCUUUGCACAGGAAAAAAUAAUGACGAUGUAAUCGUGAGAGAUAGCAAUCUGGAAAUACCUAUUGUCGAUCGACAGAAAGUUACGGAAACUUCCGGAACUUGUAAAGAAGACCGAGAGGAAGGUUCCAAACAGGAGAAGAUCAAUAUUUCGGCUCCAGAAAUUAUUUCAGAAAGUUCUGGAGAUCCUGAAGGUGGUGCUCUUUGGGAUAUUUUUAGGAGGCAGGAUGUACCUAAACUGGAGGAAUACGUGAGGAAGCACUUCAAGGAAUUUAGACAUAUUCAUGGCAAUCCGUUACCGCAGGUUGUCCACCCUAUCCAUGAUCAAUCUGUAUACUUGACCAUGGAGCAUAAAAGGAGGCUUAAGGAGGAAUAUGGGAUUGAACCAUGGACUUUUGUUCAGAAGUUGGGUGAUGCUGUUUUUAUACCUGCUGGCUGUCCACACCAAGUUAGAAAUUUAAAGUCUUGCAUUAAGGUCGCACUUGACUUUGUCUCACCGGAAAACGUCCAAGAGUGCGUUCGGUUAACAGAGGAAUUCCGCACUCUUCCACAAAAUCAUAGGGCUAAGGAAGACAAGUUAGAGGUGAAGAAAAUGACUCUUCAUGCAAUUCUCCAAGCUGUGGAUUACUUGGAGAGGAUGUCUGGAUUUAAACAGUGCUGAUUGUUGCUUUUUGGCCGGUGUCUUCAUCAGAGUUUGUUUUACGAAGUUUGCCCCUAAUCUUCUGCUCCCAAGUUGUUGGAUCUGGUUUGGUCGUGUGUGACACACGUAGUUUGAAUUUCAACUGGUCACAUGGAGCAGCUUUUUGUAUAAAUAAUCUCUAGUUGCUGCUCUGUUUCUUUGUUCUUUCUUUCGUUUUGUAGGACGUUAGCCUGGAGUUUAUAACCGUAGUGUGUGUGGAAAAACCACUUUGUAUGCUCGGUAUAUAUUGUUCUUACCAAAAUUCUAAAAACAGGCCGGUCAUCAAGCCGGUCAAGCUAAUGUGGUCCAAUGGUUCAUUGUUCCGAUCAGUAUUUGAACUGGUUGGAUUGGUAUUUAAUUUAUUUAUAUUUUCAAACAUAUA